UAAAGUUUUCCAAUUUGUGACAAAUGGGGGCGCUGUUCAAUAACUUUUGAAGGCGUUGCUUUGUUUAGACUUUGUACUGUAACCUACAGCGCACAGUCGGUUUUCCCCCCCCAAAAUUGUUUUUUUACGUCGUGGAGGAAUGAGAUUCUGAUUGACACAGGUAACUGUUUACAGCAACAUUUGAACUAGCGUCUUAUUUAGCCACCUAGCUAAAUAAGUGACUGACGCUAAGUAGCCCACCCUGGCACGGUUGUUUAAAUGAAAGCGGUUAUUCUCGCUGCGGGAUAUGGAACAAGGUUGCAGAGAGAUGUUGAUAACGACACGAGCGGAAGAUUCAAACAUCUGGCUGGCAUUGCCAAGCCACUGCUUCCUGUGGGGCACUGUGCCUUGAUAUCUCACUGGGUCCAAGCUUUGAAUACCACUGGAUGCGUGGACACCGUCUUUGUCAUUACCAAUGCCCUUCACCACAAAGCAUUUGAGGAGUGGGCCCUGGACUUCCCUAAUGUCAAAGUACUAAGUGAUGGAACAAAGAGCAAUGAGGACCGUCUUGGUGCUGUCGCAUGUCUUCAACUAACAGUCAAGCACUUCAAGAUCGAAGACCAUGUAAUAGUUAUCGGAGGAGACACUUUGUUCAAGGAAGAGUUCAGUCUCAUUAAAGUUAAAGAGAAGUUUUCUGAACUGCAAGCAAUGUGUGAAGACAGCAGUCUGAUUCUUUCCUACCAAUGUAAAGAUGAGGAGACACAGAAGUAUGGUAUUUUGGAAGUCGAUGAACACCUUCGGGUGCUCUGUAUGAAGGAGAAACCUCUUCCCUCUGAGACAAAAUCAAGGAGAGCAUGUCCAUGUUUCUACUUGUUUUCCAAGAAAAUCCUUCAUCUAUUGGAUGCCUUUCUUGAUGAAAAUAAGCUCUUUUGUCAAAGGAAGCACCAAUCGAAGAAAAGGACGCACCUGGAAACUUUUUGUCAUGGCUCAUUUCAAGAUCUGCCAAGCACACCUCUGCCAACUUCUCCCUGUGCUGACCACCAAUGGGCAGUGCCCAAGAGAGCUGCCGAUGAUGGGCUCCUGGCCAAGCACCACAGGGAGAAAGACAUCCUGAAGCAGGUGGAUGGGACAUACAGCUGUGCCAUCAGCUCUACCACCAGUAUCAAGACUGUCAUUGCCAUUAGCUGCUACAGCUAAACUAAUUUACUAAAUGUUUAUUGCACCAUAUAUUAUUGUUUUUUUUCCAUACAAGAUCUAGGGCGACUGUGCCUCAGAGUUGUUGGGUAAGCUCCUUCCUGGUUGGCCAUGCCUGUUUAACAGGCCCACAGUCUCCCAACCCAUCAGUCCCCAGUAAUUAUGCUGCAAUAAGCUUAUGUGCCGGGGGCUAGGGUCAGCUUUUCUUAUCUGGGUUUACUGUGGGUUCUUAGACAUGUCCCACUAAUCCCCACCCUCCCUGUGUGUCCCCUUCUGGACAACCUGAGCUCCUGGGUCGUGCUGCUGCUCCAACUGCAGCUGUGUACUCCUGGCCUGAUUUCACCGGGCGUGCUACCUUAUCCCGGACCCUUGAUUGAGCUCAGCCAGGUAGUCACUGUGCUUCUGCAUUGCCUGCCCUUUACUGUUCUAGACUGGGUAACGAACGCACUUUGACAACUGCUGAUGUAAAAAAGUGCUUUAUAAAAAUAAAUU